GUUGCACUAGAAUGAACAAAAUCCAAGCUUUAUAUCUAAGUGGACCCAUUCGAUAACUCAACACACACGUUUAUAAUUUAAAAUUUAAUUUUCAUUCCAAAACAUAAACAUCACUAUUAUUAUUUAAUCUGUGUUUGUGUGUGUCAACCAACGGUCCGUGUUACAAUGGCGAUAGCAGCUUUGUUCGUCUCGGCGACGAAGCUCGCCGGAAUUCUCGUCACCGUCAGUGUCGCCGCCAACGUUUUCUCAUUUGACCGUUACCGGAAAAAGAAUCUCAACAAAAUCAUUUCUCCGAUCGAUGAAACCGCCGAUAUUCUCGCCGUCUUUAAUGUCAAUCCAGCUGAAGGAGAAGAUGAAUUUUUUUUUGGACUGGCAACGGCACCAGCACAUGUUGAAGAUGAACUAGAUGAUGCUUGGCUCCAGUUUGCAGAAAAAGACCCUAGCAACAAAGAGCCCAUCGUGCAACCGGCAGAUGCUAUAAUGGGUUCUGCUGCUGGUGAUGGUGGAUCCCAGCAAGCUCCAUUACCCGCAACAGAUGUUAAGAAUACUUUAAAGAGAAGGAAGCCCCGUAAGAUAUCUAUGGAAGCUAAAAUCAGAGGAUUUGGUAAAUACAUGAAAGAGGAAGGACCACCCCCAGUCUCUGAAGAAUCUCAUCAUAACGUAGCUGCCUGGCACAAUGUUCCACAUCCGGAGGAGAGGUUGAGGUUUUGGUCUGAUCCGGACACAGAGUUGAAACUGGCUAAAGAGACCGGAAUCCGUGUCUUUCGAAUGGGGAUUGAUUGGACAAGGAUCAUGCCAACGGAGCCAGUUAAUGGGCUCAAGGAAACCGUAAACUAUGCAGCUUUGGAAAGAUAUAAGUGGAUCAUCAAUAGAGUUCGUUCUUAUGGUAUGAAAGUGAUGCUGACUCUGUUCCAUCAUUCUUUGCCACCAUGGGCUGGUGAGUAUGGAGGAUGGAGAUCGGAGAAAACUGUCGAUUAUUUCAUGGACUUCACCAAACUUGUUGUUGACUCUGUAUCAGAUAUGGUAGACUAUUGGAUAACAUUUAAUGAGCCUCAUGUCUUCUGUAUGCUCACUUAUUGUGCUGGUUCUUGGCCCGGUGGCAACCCUGACAUGCUGGAGGUUGCUACUUCUGCUUUACCUACUGGAAUAUUCAACCAAACCAUAUUAAGCAUCACUACCGCUCACUUGAAGGCCUAUGACUACAUUCAUCAACAAAGCAAUGGGUCAUCGACAUCAAAAGUUGGAGUGGCACAUCAUGUGUCAUUCAUGCGUCCAUAUGGGGUCUUUGAUGUAGCUUCUGUAUCAGUUGCUAAUUCCUUAACUCUCUUUCCAUUUAUGGAUAGUGUCUCCAACAAGAUGGAUUAUAUAGGGUUAAAUUACUACGGACAGGAAGUGAUUGCUGGGGCUGGACUGAAGCUGGUAGAGACUGAUGAAUAUAGUGAAUCUGGACGUGGGGUAUAUCCUGAUGGUUUAUUCCGUAUGCUGAUGCACUUCCAUGAAAGAUACAAGCACUUAAAUCUACCAUUCAUCAUUACUGAAAAUGGUGUUGCCGAUGAGACAGAUUUGAUCAGACGACCAUACAUGUUGGAACAUUUACUUGCACUUUAUGCAGCCAUGUUGAAGGGUGUCCGUGUGCUUGGGUAUCUGUUUUGGACUAUUUCAGAUAACUGGGAGUGGGCUGAUGGUUAUGGUCCUAAAUUUGGACUUGUUGCAGUUGAUCGUCUCAAUGAUCUUGCACGAAUUCCACGCCCAUCGUAUCAUUUGUUUACAAAAGUAGCAACUUCGGGUAUAGUCACUCGUGAAGAGAGGAAGCAAGCAUGGAAUGAACUUCAAAGAGCUGCUAGAGAGAAAAAAACGAGACCCUUUUACCGCAUAGUUAACAAAAAGGGUUUAAUGUAUGCAGGAGGCCUUGAUGAACCCUCAAUGAGAGCUUAUGUUGAACGAGAUUGGAAGUUUGGACAUUAUGAAAUGGAAGGUCCACAGGAUAGUCUGAGCCGCUUUGUCAGAUGGAGUCUCCGACCUUUCUCCAUCAGAAGAAAAUCGAAAGCAUACCAGGAUGAUGAUGAACUGAUUCCUCAACCCCUUUAAAGUUUCUCGAGAGACAGUGGGGAGAACUCAAGGUUAGAACAUAAAUGUGAAUUUGCGGCAAGUUGUGCAUCUGUUUUUGGAUUGCAUGAUGAAAAGAUCCCACCCCCAUGUAUUUGGUCAGAAGUGACAUUGUUGCAGCAGCCUUAAAAUCACAAGCAAGCGGGUUUCAUUUGGCGAUCUUAUAUUCUUUAAUGUUUAUCGCUGACUUGUGUAACUGUAAAAUACUGUUAGAAAACAGAGAUGUUCUUCAUCUUAUAUAUGUCUGUCUUAUGUAAUAUUGCACUGUUAAUAUGGUCUAAUGCCAAUAGUCCAACUUCUGGACCAUCUAUUUGCGAA